AUGGACUACGAAGAAAUUGACCCGGAUGGAGAUACUUUGAUAAUCAUUCACUACUUAGCCAGAACCUCUCGGAGCGCGAACGAACUGGUGGUUGCAGAGAAGCCUUCUACCGAGGAGUCAAUAGCAGCGGACAACGUAACGAGAAGCGAAGAGAUAACAGCUUUUGAAGAGCCCGCUAUUGAAGAGUCUGCUUUUGAAGAGCCUGCUAUUGAAGAGUCUGCUAUUGAAGAGCCAGCGAUCACCUACGAGACAGGUCAUGAUGGGUGUCCAAAAAGCAUCUUACAGUAG